GCGCUCAACACCACGACGCAACCAUGGCGCCCGCACUCGGAAAACGGAAGCGCGUAACGCGCGCAGAACUCGAGCAACCGUCGCGAUCUCCUUCUCCCUCUUCCGCUUCUGGCGAUGACUCCGGCGCCGAAGACCUCCAGGCGAUAUUCCGGCGCGCAUUCGAAGCAAAGUUCAAGCCUCUACCCGUAGAGCCCAAGAAACCCAAGAUCGAGGAACCACCGGUACAAGAAGAACCAGACGAGGAAGAAUCAGACUGGUCAGGCAUAAGCGACAGCGAAAAUGGCGUCCAAGUCGUUGAGUACCAAGACCCACGCCGGGAACUUGAUGAGACUGAACGGGCAGAGAUGAAAGCCUUCAUGUCGUCGAAACCGCCUACCUCAGCUUCCGCGUCCUCGAAAAAUGUGACAAACAAGAAGAAGCAAGAAGACCCUGACUCCAACGAAACCACAAAUCUGAAAAACGACAUGGCGCUCCAAAAACUCCUUCGUGAAUCACACCUUCUCUCCGCGUCCUCCUCUGGUGCCUCGACACCUACGCUCACCACCACGGGCGUCGCACGCCAUAAAUCGCAAGACCUGCACCUCCAAGCCCUCGGCGCCAAGGGCUCAAUCUUUACGCAGAAGAAAAUGCCAAUGGCACAGCGGAAGCACAUGAUAGACAAGGCACGAACGAUGGAAGAGAAGAGGCGGAGAGAGGCCAAGGAGGCUGGUAUCGUUCUAGAGAGGGAAAACAGAGUCACCAAGAAGGCACCCGAGAAGAAGAGGGAGAGGGGUGUUGGAGGACCCAGUAUAGGAAAGUUCAGGGGCGGUACACUGAGUCUGAGUAAGAAGGAUGUGCAGAGUAUCACAGGCGGUGGGGGUUCCAAGGGAAAGGGAAAGGGCAAGAAGGGGAAGAGAUGAGAACGAAGAUGUUGAGAUACCCAAUAUGAAUUAUGCGACUCGAGUCGAGAUGUCCCGACGCGCCCGUGUUCAUGGACUUGCUGUCAUGCACGACGUGUCACGAAGCUUGUUCAUCAAUUACCCCAAGGCACUCUCGAAAGAACCUGCUCUCGCUUCUUAGGAAGACUCUCAACGGUCGCAUAUGGGACAAGUGCUCCUUGUGACCAGAAGGAGCCCCGACAAGCAGCGACUAACAUCAAAGCGUCUCCCGCGGUAAUUGAGCAUUUGCCAUUUUACCUUUCGGUCAUUGUCCAAUAUCAAACUCCCAUUCCCUUUGUGGAACAAACUCACUACAAUCGGCCUCCUACAU